AUGGCAACAGCCGAAGACGCGUUACUGCUAUUGCGGCUCCCCGCGCUGUUCGAAACCAGCAAGCAGCUUCUGGACGAAGUGGAAGCAGCGACUGAACCCACCGGUUCCCAGAUAAUUCAAGAUAAGGUAUUCAGGGGACUAGACCUCCUUAAGAAGGCUGCUGAAAUGUUAUCGCAGCUCGACUUGUUCAGCCGAAAUGAAGACUUGGAAGAGAUUGCUUCCACAGACCUGAAGUACCUGAUGGUCUCAGCUUUUCAAGGAGCGCUCGCCAUGAAACAAGUCAACCCCAGCAAGCGUCUAGAUCAUUUGCAGUGGGCUCGAGAACACUUUUUUAACUACUUAACUCAGUGCCAGUAUUAUCAUGUGGCAGAGUUUGAGCUGCUCCAGACCAACUCAGCUGAUAAUAAUACUGCUAGUUCCUCCAUGGCGUGUCCUAGCCUCGUUGCUGUGGCAUCUGAAAGACAGGCUAAAAUAGAGAGAUACAAGCAGAAGAAGGAGGUGGAGCAUAGGUUGUUUGCACUGAAAUCUGCUGUGGAAAGUGGUCAAGCAGAUGAUGAGUGUGUUCGUGAAUAUUACCUUCGAAGGUGGAUCGGUAUUAGCUUAGAAGAGAUUGAGAGCACUGACCAGGAGAUGAAGAUCCUGAGAGAAGACGACUCCUCAAAAGAGGCAUCAACUUCUUACUCAUCUCCUCAGGACAGGCCUCCAAUGAAACCCUUCGUUCUCACUCGGAAUGCGGCCCAAGCCAAAGUAUUUGGAGCUGGUUAUCCAAGUCUGGCAUCUAUGACGGUGAAUGACUGGUAUGAUCAGCAUCAGAAAUAUGGAGCAUUACCAGAUCAGGGCAUAGCCAAGAUAACACCAGAGCUCAAAAGAGCAGCUCAGCAACAGGAAGAUCAGGAACAAAAGGAGGCAGAGGAGGAGGAAGAGGAGGAGGAGGAGGGGGAAGAAACACUCCACAGAGUUCGGGAGUGGGAUGACUGGAAGGACACCCAUCCCAGAGGCUAUGGCAACCGACAGAACAUGGGUUAGUCUUACCACAACAAGAUGGGACUUCAGGGACUCACAUCUUCCCAGCCAAGGAAAGCCAUGCAGUCUUCCCCUACCUGGGCUCCUGCUUCAGCUGUGUAAAAUGAAG